AUAAGCGUUACAUGAUUUGCUGUAGGCAUCAGUCACUUGCUAGUGAUAACAGAGACAACAUGAAAUUCUUGAUCGUAGUCGCUCUAGCCAUCGCAGCCGUGGCUGCUGAAGAUGCUGCCAAGAAGACAGAGAAGCGCGGAGUGAGCGGGCUCGGUUAUGGCGGUUACGGCGGAUAUGGCGGUUACGGCGGUCUCGGUUACGGCGGCGGUUAUGGCGGAUAUGGCGGUUAUGGAGGAUAUGGAGGAUAUAGCGGAUACUCCGCUCCAGUCGCUGUAAGCAAGGUUGCGUACACCACAACUCAUGGCGGAUACGGCGGUUACGGUCUUGGCGGAUAUGGCGGUUAUGGCGGCUAUGGCGGUUACGGAGGAUAUGGCGGAUACUCCGGCCUUGGUGGAUAUGGAGGCUACGGUGGAUACGGUUCCCCGGUCGGCUACUCCGGCCUCGGCUACGGCGGUUAUGGUCACGGAAUCGGUUACGGAUACCAUUGAGCUAUAACCUCGUUGUGCCACUAGAUGGCGCUAAUAUAUACUUUCUAGAAAACUAUCAAUAUCUUUAAAACUUUUGGAGUUUUUGCUACUUAGAUGCUACAUUCUUUAUAAAUUUGAAAUGGCUUUUGUGUUCCUUUUAAAUACUGUUAUAAGUAAGGUAUUACUAGCGCCAUCUAGUGUAUUUGAAAGUCUAUAAUUUGUGUUCAUAUUUUAAAAUGCUCUUUGGGAGAGCCUUCCAUGACAUGUUUAUAACACCUUUAAAACUCCCCUUUGUGAUAUUUUGUACAAUGCUUUUAUGUAUAACUUUGUAAAUAUGUAAUAAAUAUAUUAUGUACACACA